AUGAAGCUUCAAAUCAUCUCCAUCGCAGCCAUUGCAUCACUCGUUGCUGCACUUCCACAAGGUGACGCAUUCGGUGCACCACCUCCACCUAGCAACACCUCAACAACACCACCAACACCAACAGGUGAAGUAGGUGUCGCCAUCCACCCUAAUGGAGACACCUCAAAGUGUGUAGACGUCGCUGGUGCAAGCUUCGGAAAUGGAACGCCAGUCCAAAUCUAUGACUGCAAUGGCACAGACGCCCAAAAAUUCGUCAUCAGAAAAGGUCAGACAUCUGUUAAAGUCGCCAACAGAAACUUCUGUUUAGACGCUGGCUCAAACCCAGGUUCUGGUAUCAAGGCAAAGAUCUGGCAAUGCUAUGACGGUCUACCAGCCCAAAACUUCUGGUACACCGGUGAUAAUAGAAUCGCAGUCACCGGACAAGGACAAUGUCUUGAUUUGACUGACGGAAGGAAAGCCAACGGAAACGUCCUCCAAACUUGGCAAUGCUACGAUAAUAAUCUCAAUCAAGUAUGGAAUACCUGAGCGUCGAAUAAGAGAAGGUAUUGUUCAAUACACCUUAAUAUUUUUUCUCUUUUCUCCUUUUUAUCUUCUGAAGAACAAUGACGCGCUUGUUAAUGCUUAUCGAUGAUUUU